GCUUACUGGACUUUUUUCGCUUGCUUUUUUCACACCAUCCCGUAAAAAAUCCUAAGUUUUCGCACUCAUAGUGAAUUUUUACAGAAUGGUGUAAGAAAAACAAGCAAAAAAAAAAUGGAGCAAAAACACUACCUCUGGAGACAGUGUUAUGAUCUGGGGUUGCUUCAGUUGCUCAGGUCUAGGCUCAGCAACGUCAUGUGGCAAUAAAAUGACGUCAGCUGACGACCUGAAUGUACCGAGGUUAUCACAUCUAUGGAGGUUUUCUCACCUGAUGCCAUGGGAAUAUUCUAGGACUUAACCUGUGAAAGAGUAGUUCUGGAAAGCAUGAGGAAUCAUUUUCAAAACACAGAGUUCUGACCUUAACUCCAUUGAUGGUCCUUCAUAUGUUCUAGAGAAGACAUCACAGAGUGAUUAGAUUCUCCCAUCAUGAAUCCUCAUCAUAUAAUCGGCCAAAAAUGAUUGCAACUCUGGAAGAAAAAAAAUAUUGUGAUUUUGCAUUUUUUUUGUCGAAACUAUGCCAUGGUGAAUGCCAUUAGCUUCAUGGUCUGACAUUUCAAAACACUGAGGUGGUAAACAAACGAAAGAAAGUGGGUUUACUUCUGAAAUUAGGGAGAGUUUAAUGAGAACCUAAUAGGAACUAUUUAUUUCUGAAGAGGUUUCAAAAGGGAAUAAAAGGAGUAUGAAACGCUAAAUCAACUGCUGUUUUGGAGAACACAUUGGCCCUCAUACUUAAGCAUGGACCAUAAUAUGGAAGAAAACAGUACAACAACAUAUGAUAAUUAUAGUAGUUAUUUUGACAUUUCUGAUGAAUCGUGCAACAAGACUGAAGUCAUUCACUUUGGAGCAGUGGUCACCCCAGUCUUUUUUAUGAUGGUCAUCGUGUUCAGCUGUGUGGGCAAUGCCUUGGUCCUGUGGGUGCUGAUAAAAUAUGAGAAUCUGAGAUCCAUGACCAAUGCGUUCCUCUUAAACCUGGCCAUCUCUGACCUGAUCUUUACUCUCGGCCUGCCCUUUUGGGGCUUAGACCUCGUAUUUGGCUGGACGUUUGGAGAAUCAGCCUGCAAAUCAGUGAGCUUCAUCUUCUACCUGGGCUUCUACAGCAGCCUUAUCUUCCUCACAGUCAUAACGGUGUCCACAUACUAUUCCAUUGGGAUUUCUGCAUUUAUUUGGUUCCUGAGCUUCUGUGCCGCCACCCCUUAUUUCAUCUUUAGCGUGGUCAGCAGUUAUCCUAAUUCUAAGCCUGGACAUUUCUGUCAUUUUAACGACAUCGAAUGGAAGCUGAUUGGCAUUUACCUGCAAAACAUCUUCUUCCUCAUUGCCUUCCUCACCAUCGCUUUCUGCUACAUUGGAAUUUUCAAUCGCCCCUUCAGACCCAUCUCGCACACCCGGCCCAAGACCAUCAAGCUGAUUCUCUGCAUUGUGGUGGCUUUUUACUUGGGUUGGACGCCAUAUAACGUGGCCAUCUUCCUCGAUUCCCUGAUAUCAUUUCAAAUCUCGCCAUUUAAUGAGUGUCAUGUCAGCACUACUGUGGAUUAUGUCUUUAACGUCUCCCGACUGGUGGCGUUCUCUCACUGCUGCCUAAAUCCAGUGUUUUACAUCUUUGAGGUCAAGUUCAGAGAUCACCUAAAGAAAGCACUGAGGAGUUUCUGCAGGAGCAACGAUCAACCUCCAGCCAUCUGAUUACCUCAAACAGGGAGGAAAUUUCCAUGUACUAGCUGAUCUUGCAGGAGGUCCAUGAUAGUAGAAAAGCAGUCAAAUGUUUCGUCUAAUACUUGGGAUUUGUAAAUAGCUUUAUGAUUUCAUAUUCUGCAUUGUUUUUAUUUAGACAAAAUGUUGUAACAUUACAUACCGUAAAAAAUAUAUACAUAUAUUGUACAGCGCCAAUAAUUGUUACUUAUUCUGUUGUUUCUUAUUGCCAGUUUCUUAUGUACUCUAUACUUCAUUUCAGCUUUACUGUGGGAUAUAACAGUGUGACAGAGCUGACUUUAGUUUUUUUUACCUGGCUCCUGCUUUAAUGCAUUUUUUUUUUUGGUUGAGAAAAAUGUGGCUGAUUAAGUCGUUUGUGUUUUUUAUCUCUAAAAACAGAGUUAAAUCAGCAAUAAAUUCUGUAAAUUAUUUUAAAAGCUGUGUAAAUAUUUAUGAUUAGACUCUUCCAUCAUGAAUACUUAUCAUAUGCUCGGCCAAAAAUGAUUGCCACUCUGGAAGGAAAAAAAAAUGAUACUUAUAUUGAUAUUAUAUUUUUGUCGAAACUGUGCCAUGGUGAAUGCCAUUAGCUUCUACUCCUAUGGUCUGACAUUUUAAAACACUGAGGUGGUAAACCAAAAAAAAGAAGAAAAAAAAACAAGGAUUCACUUCUGAAAAUAGGGAGGGGUUAAAGAGAACCUAAUAGGAACUAUAUACUUUUAUUUUUUAUUUUUAAAUUUCUACCUUUAUAUCAAAAAUAGAUUAUAGUAAAAAAAACAAGUAAAACAAAGAAAUCUUUUCUUUUAAUACAUUUUUUAUGACAUGAAUAGCAAAUCAAAAACUUUUUUUAUAACCCUUACAAUGAGAUGUGCCAUUUCUUAUUUUUCUCUCCCCUAUAAAAAAUCUACACGAAGUAUUUCUUUAUAUAGCUGGAAUACACAUUAACAGUAUUGUCAACCCUGUGUUUUUCAGUACAAACUUUUUGAUCAUUUCUUUCUUUUUUAUAUUAUUUUUUACCACUUUUCAAACAAAAAAAUGUG